AUGCCCAGCCCGGGGCAGCUAGGCCGCCCGCUGCAGACUGGCUUGGGCGCUCAGGUCCAGCCGCUGCGUGAGGGCAGCUCUCGGGUUCCCGCGUCACCCGCGCUCUCUCGCUGUGUGGAGGGCCCAGGCGCGCCCUGCUCUACCGGUCGCCUCGAGUCCUCUUUCUCUGUAGAAGCCAUCCUGGCGAGGCCUGACCCUCGCGCGCAGGCGACCUCCCCUCCGCCAGUCCCUUCCUGUGCGGCCCUGGGCCUCUGGACCGCUCCCUCUCAGCCUCCCACCCCGGUUCUGCCCUGGGCGUGCCCCGCAACUCGGCUGCCCGCCUACCUGAGUGUGGGUGUCUACCGGCUAUGCCCGCAGCCGGCUGUGCUGCGCGGGGCUCACUUCUGCGGCUUCCAGGGCCUCGGCGUCACAGGUUUGGAGCUGGUUCACUGCCCAGGCCUCUGGGGCUCUCCCCACUGGACCCCUAGUGAGGACCUUCAGGACACCGAGAGACACCAAAAGAGAGUUCGAACUAUGUUUAACUUGGAGCAGCUGGAAGAGCUGGAGAAAGUGUUUGCAAAACAGCACAAUCUGGUGGGGAAGAAGAGAGCCCAGCUGGCAGCCCGGCUCCACCUUACAGAGAAUCAGGUGAGGAUCUGGUUCCAAAAUCGCAGGGUCAAAUAUCAGAAGCAGCAAAAGCUGAAACUGCCAGCCAAGUCUGGCAGUGUGUCCACAUCCCUGGACGAGCCCUCCAGCAGUUCUGACAGCAGCAUCCAGAGUGAAGAUGUGGAGUCAGGAGUGAACAGUUGA